UAAGACUGUGCUGUGCAUUUAAUAAUCCUAACCUACAAUAUUGUUUAAGUUAUACGUUAUCCUUUCAAAUACAAAUAGAAGCUGCUAAAUUUUAUCGCCAGAUUUAAAAAAAAUGAAUGCACUAUGGGUGACAAAUAUAUUAAUUCAUUGCAAAUAGAAAAAUUAGGUCAUAAAAUCCAAGAAAUACGAGAAAGAGCUCUCAGAAAUAUCGUUUCUAAACUCAAUAGUGGUGUUUUAUUUGAUAAUGACUUGGCAAGGAGUAAAGAAUUACUAGAUAAACUGAUCAAAUGGUUUUUAUUUGAACCUUGUAGUGAUGAAGAUAUUGUUUUAGCUCUUAUUAAGCGUAUUUUGAAGUCCCAAAGUGGGCAAAUUUUAACCGAACAUAUCGGAAAACAAGUUAUUUUGAAUGAAUUGAAAAAUAUUAAUAAAUACUUAGAACCCAAAUUUGUACCUUUAUUAGAAGACAUUAUAGAGGAAAUUAGUACUUUAGAAAAAAAUGCAGUACCACCUUUAGAAUGUGAUGUACCUCUAAGCUACAGGUCAGGUACAAGUGUAGUCCAAAAUAAUUACUCUGCACAUAUCAAAUCUACAGCUACGACUCAAGAAGGAUUUUUACAUAAAGAAUCUUCUACAGAACAACAAACAGGGGUCCAAAAACUAUCCGAAUCUACAAUUUCAACAGUAUAUGAAAAUUCUCCUACAUAUCGAAUAGAAGAAAUUGACUCCUCAGAUGAAUUGCCAAAUUUAUAUUUUGAUUGGCAACCUCUUAUAGAAUCUGAUAGGCAUGUUCUAAAUUCUGUAGAAAGCUCCCUGAUUAAUCCACCACAACCAUCCUCACUUUUACAUUCUUGUGAGUUUUUUAGAGAUGUUUUGCUACAUGAUUUUCCAGCAGAAAUUUUUCUACAAAGACCAAAAAUUGUUUCAGAAUUUUUUGCAUUAUUGAACUAUGGAUCAUUUAGAAUUACAAAUUCUGUUUUUUCAUGUCUUUAUAAUUUGACAAUAGAACUGCAGACAAGAAUCAAUCACUGUAAUGACGUUUCUAUGCACAAUUUUAAAUUAAAGAGUAUAAUAGAAUCAGGUUUUCCAAGUUCUCCUCUCUCAGAAGACAAUAGAAAAUCUGAGAAUGAUUUUAUGGUGCAAUUUAGUGAUCAAUUUGAAAAUCAAGAGGAAGUUAAGAAGCAUAAACACAAUCAAAUAUCAACUUUAAAAUACUGUUUGUUUACUAUUGAUGCUAUAUUUGAAUAUUUGUGUUCCAAACAGACAAAAAAGAAAAAAAAUCAGGUUGCAACAAAUUUUUGCCUGGUUUUGCUUGAGAAAAUAUUAGGAUUGUUAAAUUUGUGUGUAGGAAAACAGAGUUUGUUAACAAUGCGAUCGGAAACAUCCCUGAAAUUGCCAAAUGAUGUUAACAAAAUACUUAUAAAAUAUGGAACUGCUUUGGAACAUUUUAGGAUCGAAUCCAUAUCUUCUGAAAAUAAUCUCAAAUGUAGAGCCACAUACCUAUAUUUAUUACAUAACUGUGCAAACUUAUUAGAAAAAUUAGUUCCAUUGUCAAAAAGCUCAACUGUAUUACCAAAAAAUUUUAAAACUGCUUUGGCCAAUUCACUUUUGGAUGUGACUUUUAGUCGAUUAUAUCCCACAGUGCAUAACAAAAUUUUAACUUAUGUGGAGAAUUUCUCUGAGGGGGAAGAUAAAUUUCACUUGAAGAAAUACGAAGAUGUUAAAAAAAUAUGUCAAGGGAUGUCAGCUACCGUGCAAAUCCUCAAAGAAUACAAAAAUUUAGCCAUUUCCGAAAAUAUCCGUCUUGCCUCAGAUUCUGUAGCUAGCAUUGAAUUUCAUAAAAAUUUUGAUUUUCUUAAAGUUUAUGUAGAUGUAUCCGCUAAAUAUUUCCCUCAAAUAUAUAAUGAUACAAGUAAAACAGACAUUUUUGAAGAAGUAACAUUGCGUCUUCUUAACCAUGCUAUGAUGGAUAUUCGACAAGAAAUGUAUAGGCUGUGUCACAAAAUGAUAGUUGCUUAUAUAGGUCCAAAAAUAAAUGAUACGACUGGAAUUGUGGGAUCACAAGUUUUAUUUUUAUUAAGAGCUAAGAUUUUGGUGGAAAUUUCUUGUUUUGGAUUAAAUUGUGACAAUUUAGAGAUUCAAAAGUAUUCUGAGGAGAUUCUCACCUACAUUUUAAAGUGUAAGAUUUUAGUUUCGGAUUCGGUGUGGAACAAAGUUAUUCAAGCCUUAAUUCCAUCUCUACCUAUAAUAACCUGCCAAGUGUCCAAAAACUCUAUUCUAGGAAAAGCCGUCUUAUCUCUCGCCGAUCCUGAUAUAGCUAAAGAAUCUUUAUUACCGACCGUGACAAUGGUCAAAUGCAACGUAGAAUUUUUAUUUUUAGACGAUCCUCAUUGGAAAGAAGAAGCAUUUUCUAGGAUUUGCUGGUUGUUAUCCAGCCAGGAAAAUGCUAGAGAACUUUUACCGGGAUUUAAUACACUUUAUGACACGUCUUUAACUGGAAUUUGUAAAGUAAAGAAAAUAGUCGACAUUAAUAAAUUUAGAAGAACAGAUCAUUUUUAUCAACCAAGCAGCUUAUAUCAAGUUCUUGAUGUAUUGAACUCCACAAACGUAGAGCCGGUAAUAAAAAGAUCCGCUCUUAAUCAAAUUAGUGUGAUGCUGGAAGAUCCUCUACUUCAUCAACUAUUUUUGGACGCUAACGGCCUUAGUUUAAUGCUAAAUAUUAUGAAAACAGCCAUAACAGAAAAAGAUUAUAGAGAUUAUCCAGAUUCUAUCAUUCCUGUUAUAUCUAUUAUAAAAAAUCUUGCUUUGUAUCACGCUAGUGUUAGAGAAGAAUUAAGUACUGAUGUGGACAUGUUUUACUUUGUUAUGAGAGGACUUCUUUUAUUUUUUACCGAAGAAAGAUUUAAACAAGAUGCUAUAACCUUACUGCUCUUGUUAAUUUUCAAAGAUUUUAUAUAUGGUACUCCUUCAAGAGCAAGUUUUAGCCUUCCUCAAAUAAUAGUUUCCAGAAUUAAUCUUCCAUUUAGCUGUCAUUCGCAUUGGACAAUUAGUGAAUACACAGAGGCAAGCUUAAGAGAAUCUAUUACAUCUGAUCGAUGGUGUCUUAGUUCUAUACAAAUUCAAUGGAAUGCUGAAAUUUUUGGUGGAUUCAAUCAGCUUAUGAAAUGGGAUGAGAUAUGUUAUGAAGAUCAUCCAUUUUAUAAUUUUGUAGAUAUUUUAAAACUCAAUAAAUACGAUUUACAAUGUAUAAAAAACUCUUCGAUUGAUUACUGUAUCAAACUGUAUUUGACAACUAUCCAAAAUGCUACAUCGCAUGACAUGGCUUUGGAAUCCAUAGACAAUUUAACACUGUAUAUGUACUUGCAUCAAUUAGCUUUUCAGUUAAAUGAUACAUACAAGAAAGAAGAUUUUUUAAACUAUCAAUGGGACCAAACUUUUCUAAGGUUCUUGAAUGUUUUACCAUCAAGUGAAAACGAUACAAUUAUAUUGAAAAAAGUACUACAGUUUUUGAGCAUCUUGAUGUCUUAUUAUCCAUCAUCAGAUGUUAGUUGCUGGAUAACUAAUUUUUUGAAAAAUUCAAAUCACUGUAUAUUCGAUUUAUUGAACAUAGAAAAUACAACGGAUGAAGAUAUUAAAAUUGUGGCGCAAGAGUUAUUAAAACUAAUUACAGUGUGCGUUAAACAAGAACAACAAUAUUUGGACUAUUAUCUUCCUGUCCAAGAAAAGACAAAAUCUUGGAUAGGUGUAGUGAAAAUUAUUGCUACUAAUUUAAAAAAUUGCACCCGACAGCAUUUUUAUAAUUUAGCUUAUUUGGAUUCAUUGUUGUCAUGCUUGGCUCACUUGACAGCUUCUUUAGGUUGGAGUGAUAGUAGACCGAAUGCUGCUCCUAAAGAACCUAUUCCUCAAAUGAUUAUAAGUCUUUGUGAUUUAGUAAAAGCAUUUCAUUCUGGAAAAGGUCCCACUGCUGCAGUAUCGGUUAUGGGUUUGAGCAUAACGAGGCACGUCGUCUUAGUGCUAAAUCAUAUUUUGGCCGAAAUAAAAAAUGCAAAAAUUAAAGAAUGGGAACCUUGUUUUUUUGACUAUAUAGAUGACAGCCCUUUGUACAGUUUUGUAGCAUUAUGGGCGAGCAGAGAUAUAGUUUUAAGAGCAGCUUCCCUGCAGCUAUUUGCAGGUUUAACAUCUUCACCUAGAGCUGCUAUAGAAGUGGUUCACGGACUGACAGUUGACAGCUACUCUAUUUGGGAUUUAGCUCUUAAAGUGCUUACUGAUCAUACAGAAGCUAGUGCAGUUAGAGAAAAUGCAGCAGAGUUGCUGGCAAAUUUAACGUCACAUUCUUGUCCUUUGGGCUCAGAUAAAUCGAACGCUACAUGUAAUUAUGCUUUAAAAAAGAGUACUAGUAUGACAUUGCUAAAUUUAAUUGAUGAAUACAACUUUUAUGACAACACAGAAAUAAUACUGAACGAUCUAUUCACUAUGAAUCUACCAAGUAGAAGAUUCAAAAAUGUAGAGAAAAUUCACAUGCAGAGAAAUAAUUCUGACACAGAACAAUCGUGGACGACUAGUUCUUGUGACACCAAUAUUAUCAGGAAUUUCGUUGAUACCAUAACCACUCCCAGUCUAGUUACAUCAUUGUGUCAUUUUUUGUAUAACUGUAUAGCACUCGAUUCCGAAUCGGUGACGCAAAAAAUUCAAGAGCAGGGCCUUACAAAGUUGUUAUUUAGAGCGUUACAUGAUACAAAUAUAAACAUUACAAACACCAGGGAGCUUUCUUUGUAUUGUGACUUAUUAGAUAUGGAUACUACUAUAUGUUGUGUAUUAUCAAGACUGGCGAGUACAAAUUCAACUUGUUUGGGUACAAUACUACAUACUAAAGACUGUUUGAAUUUGUUAUUGUCACUUCUAAAUCCAAGAUUGUACCACAUGAAUUUCCCGCAAUUAAUUUAUCUCAGAAAUAGAUUAUGGACAUCCAUAUUCAAUUUACUGAUUGUUUUGGUAGAAUGCAGCAGAGAAUCGAGUGAAAAAUCGACUGAUAGAUCUAUAGAAGUUAUUAAUAUUUUUACAGACACAAUUGCUGAUUUAGGCAACGGGCCAUUUUUUGAAACCAUCUGCGAGUCAAUCAGUACUUUAGGAUCACACGAUCUUCAAAAAUCUGCGUUGAAUUUAUUAACCUGCCUGUUAAGGAUCGAAGCUUAUAGAUUUUUUGAAUUUGCCAACCUUACUGAAACGGAUUCAGAUACAUCCAUUCGACAUUUACUUGAUUCGGUUCAAACAUCAAGAACCAUCGUUAUAUCAAAUAAUUCUAACAAAGACUUAACGAAAAAUUCGAAAAAAUCAUUGGAAACAUAUAAACUAAAUCUUUUAGAAGAAAUUUAUUACGAAAAAGUAUUUCCAAUUCCCGAAAAUAAUAAUGACGAGAUAGAAGUUACUAUUGUAGAAAAUCCUAACGAAGGACUUACUUUAGGUGCUGAAUUAUGUAAAAUUUUGUUAUAUCUCUAUGAUAUUUGUGAUUUGAAAGAAAACGAUGUAAUCAACAGUAAAAAAUCGAUUGUAACUAAAACUUUAUCCACUCUAUUAAGUAUUUCCAAAGAAGCAAAAAAAUUUGCCUUAGAAAAAGGAAUGGUUGUUGUGAUACUAAAAUCUUUACGAAACCAUCACAUACGAUUAGGAUUAGAAUCAGUUGAAUGUUUACGAAGAAUUGCAGAUAGGAAGAGACUUUGCCCUUUACUAAAAGAACUAGAAGAUUCAAUAUGUCUACUUACCAAUUUUAUGAUAGACUAUGAACCAGUUAAGGUCGAAGCAGCUUCUUUGAAUUUGGCAGACGUGGUGCAUAAAUUAUGGAUUUGGUUUUUGGUUCAGAAUGGAAUGCUGCUUAGGGUAUUAAAACUGAUUUGCACUUUUACAACGAAUUGUGAUAUCGCAUGUCAAUCAUUGCCUCUAACAAGUCCUGUUGCUGGUGGCGGUCCUAGAAAAUCACCCGGAACUGUAUCACUACUUCAUGCGAUAAUGGGAUUGAUAAAUCGAGAAAUGGAUCAGAUUAGUAAAAGUCAUGAUAGGAACAUUUUAGAAUUGUCUUUUAAUAUACUACAUAAUUCCUGUCAGUCACUGGAAUGUCGCGUUUUAAUAUCUAAAAGUAAUCUAUUCCAGAGUAUUUCUCGGUUACAUCCGGCAAUCACAAAACGCCAAACACCUUGGGAACAUAUUGAAUUAAUAUGGUUAGAUUUUCUGCAAACUUUUACUGCUCACCCCGAAGGACAAGCUUCAAUAGCCAAAAUUCCAGAUGUGCUGGAAUUAAUUUUAACAUUGACGAAUAGUUCAAAAAUGAAAAAUAAAUUAAUGGCUUUGUUGGUGUUGAGAAAUUUGGCUUUUUAUCAACCAAAUAAAGCAAGAUUGUUAGGAUCAGCUGAAUUCUUAAAUGUUCUAUUGACCAAACUAUCAAAUGGAUCCGAUCAAGAGAAAAAUACAGUCGUUAUCAUAAUGUGGGCAUUAGCUGCCAACAGUCAAAAAGCUAAAAUAAUUUUAAAAUCUGUACAUUUGGACGACAAACUUCAAAACGUAAUAAAACAUUGUCAGUUGCUGAAAACUAAAGAGUCAGUUUUAAAUGCUGAGGAUAUAGAUAGAAUGUUUUACGUGUUAGGAUUGUUAAGAGACAAUAACGAUAAAAUAAGGUGAUAUUUAUAUUAGUACAAUCAAAUGAAUAUAUCUUUUUUAUUUUUUAUAUUUUAAAUAAAUUUGAAUUUUUUAUA